GAGUAAUUUGAAGGAAAUAAGAAAAAGAUUAAGAAGGAAAUAUCAAGCAUAUCCUGCCAAACAACAGAGGCAAGACCACCAUCUACUGCUUAAGAAUAUGGGAAAUGAUUUUUGUUACAAAAUUAAGUAUAGCGUUGGCGAUACAAUGGAAGUCAAGGAAGAAAUGAUUGAAGACGAUACAAAUUUUUCGAAUAGAGAGCUAAAACUUGGUAAUUGUCGAAAAUAUCAUUCAAAAGAGUUGAAAAUGCAUCAGGGCAUAUCAAAACCGAAAAUUCAAGAAUCAAAUAUGGAACCAGAAAAGAAAUACACAUGUGAAAAGUGUGCUCGAUCCUAUAAAGAGAAACGAUACUUGACUGUUCAUCGAAAAUUCGGAUGCGAUGUCAUACCCCAAUUUAUUUGUAAAUUUUGUAAAAAGCGAUUUAAGGUGAAAGGUAGCAUGACAAGGCAUAUAGAUUUGGUUCAUCAUAAAACAAACUUAAACACACCGCAAGUGAGGUUUUAUUGUGACAAGUGUUCUCGAAGUUAUGCUGCGAAAUUUUCUUUAACUCGACACAAUCGUGAACAACACGAAACAAUUAGACGACACUAUACUUGUGAUAUUUGUGGUUAUAAAGCACUAGAGAAAAGUCACUUAUCAAGCCAUAUCACUUCACGUCAUCUCAAGCAAAUAAAUUGCGUACACUAAACUUUACAUCGUUUAAACCUUUAGAAAAAACUUUAUUUGCCCAUUACCUUAAAUGCUUUCAUAUAUUUAAUCUA